AAUUGCCAGCCACCGAAGCUGUUUUUCAGAAAACUAGUCUGCAACAAACAUUAAAUGAAGAAUCAUCAGAGGUAAAUUCUAAAGUGUGUGCUGUGAUUUGUAAUCUGUACUUAUUGAACAGAUCAUGAAGUUUUAUUGGACUAUAUCAGCUUUGAAAUAUGAGAUUUCAUCAACUUCGAUGUCUUCUUCAGAUUUUACAAGUGGGGCAAAUAAUACAUUGAUUAAAUCACUGGAGAAUAAAGCAUGCCUUAUAAACAUCGAAUGUAUGCGAAUGAUGCUGCAUAUACAUGAUCUAAGAUGUUCUUCUUCAGAUUUUACAAGUGGGGCAAAUAAUAGAUUGAUUAAAUCACUGGAGAAUAAAGCAUGCCUUAUAAACAUCGAAUGUAUGCGAAUGAUGCUGCAUAUACAUGAUACAAGAUGUUCUUCUUCAGAUUUUACAAGUGGGGCAAAUAAUACAUUGAUUAAAUCACUGGAGAAUAAAGCAUGCCUUAUAAACAUCGAAUGUAUGCAAAUGAUGCUGCAUAUACAUGAUCUAAGAUGUUCUCCUCCAUAUUUUACAAGUCGGGCACCUUACUCAUUGAGUAUAUUACUGGAGGAGAAAGCAUCCCUUAUAAACAUUGAUGGUAUACAAAUGAUGCUGCAUAUACAUGAUCUAAGUCUAAUUCAAAAUUCCAAUGAACCAGUUCAAUUGCAGGAAUUGGUAGACAUUCUUUUUUCUGGGGAAUUGUUCUUUAAACACCAAGCAUCAAACUGCAAUGGAAGAUGUUUGCCACCAAAUUUUACAAGUGGGGCACCUAAUACAUUGAUUAUAUCACUGGAGAAUAAAGCACGCCUCAUAAACAUCGAUGGUAUACAAAUGAUGCUGCAUAUACAUGAUUUAAGUUACGAGUUAGAGUCAGUUCUAUUGGAUUCCCAGGAUCUCGGGCACAUGACCCGUUUGGUGAAUACUGGUGAAGAUUUCCGUCUAGAUGAUGGAGGCAAAAGAAUUCUGUUAGAUCGCGUAAUAUCAGCUGCUCAACUGAAAUAUAAUUCAAUCCCCAUGGUAGUCUACAGGCUGGUUCCAUCAGUCGAUACCAUGCAGCAAAAUAAUUCACUAUCAGUAUGGGAUGGGAUUCAAGAGAACAGAAACAAAAAUGAUAAAAACCGCGGGUUUGUUAGAAGAACCUGGCCUGGAGUUACACGCUGACUACAGUUCUUUGCAGGAAUGGGACCCACUCUCGGGGUUCCACAAUCGGCUGCUAUUCGGCAUGCUAAAGUCUCAGCCUAAGAUUUCGGCACAGAUUCAGAGGCCUAUGUCUUUGCUAUUGCUUUGCUCGCGCUUGAGUGCUGGUAGC